AUGAAAUGCGAGCGAAAGUUGACUGGCAUCAUGGCGGCUUGGAGGUGUUGGAUUUGUUUUGUCUUUGUUGCGCUUAGUCUUAAAGUUUUAUUAAGCCAUAUCAAUGCAAGUCAUAGUCGCAGCCCGGAUUUUUGGGUUUACUGUGGUAUCGAUGGAUGUGAAAAGGACUUUAGAGUUUUCAACUCUUUUUUUCGCCACAUUAAACGGACACACCUCGAGUAUUACAGGACUGGACGUCCACCACGUUGGAGUACAACUGAUUCUUCUCACUCUUCGGAGCAGGAAACAUUUGGUGUGUCAGUUUUUGCCAAUUGUACCACUCUUGCAGCAGCGGGCACCGGCACAAAUGUUCCCAAUCCCGUCCCACCUGUUGCCGUCCCACCUGUUGCUCUUGAACCUGACGUUGUCGGUCCUUCUGAGGAUGCUGUUGCGGAGACAUCCAGAGCCGGACCUGAUAUGGCAAGAUCUGCGGCUGCAUUUGCCAUCAGCAUCCGAGAACAGGGCCAUUUGUCACAGAGAACUGUCAGGAGUGUCAUCUCAGGGGUGCAACAGUACCAAGCUGCUCUCCUUCUCACACUAAGGGACAGAGUCCAAAGGGUGUUUGAAGACCACCCAGAGACAACUGCUCAGCUCCAGAAUGAGGCAUUGGCUACAUUUGAUGCAUUCAUGGAUCCUUUCUCAACCACCGCAUAUGGACAGAAUAAAACCAUCCGGGAACUAUUCAAUCCAGUCAACCCAGAGGAAGUUGUAGUAUCCCAGAAGAUUUGCUGGGUAAAGCGUGGUCAUUCAAGGGUCAUGGCCUUGAAGAAUAAAAGUUUUUACUAUAUACCACUCAUUGAGAGUCUUAAGCAGUUACUGAGCAAUUCUAGAAUCUUCUCCAUGGUGACAACUAUUCCACAAAGAAGUAGAGAGGGAUUCCUCUAUGAUUUUACUGAUGGAGCUCUUUUUACAUCCCAUCCAUUAUAUGCUCAAAGGCCAAAUGCUUUGCAAAUACUAUUGUACAGUGAUGAAAUAGAGAUCUGUAAUCCGUUAGGGCCCCAUACCUCUGCAAAUAAAUUAUUAAUGUUUUAUUAUAGUUUAGGUAAUAUUGAUCCCAAAUUCAGAUCCAAGUUGGCUGCAAUAAGGCUCCUUGCUAUUGCCAAGGCGAGCGAUGUUUCUCAAUGGGGUGUUGAUGUUAUACUAAAAAGAAUCCUGGAAGAUCUGACACUUCUUUACAAUGGUGUAAGGAUUGAAACCUCAAGUGGUGAAAUUGAAUUAUUUGGUGCUGUAAUAGCCGUUUGUGGAGACACACUUGCCCAACAUGAUCUUGCUGGGUUUAAACAAGGUGUUGGGUUUGCUUAUAGCAAAUGUAGAAACUGUGAAUGUUCCUUUAAUGACAUGCAAAACAUGUAUGAUGAGAAUUUGUUUACUGCAAGAAGCUUGGAAAAACACAUCAGGCAAUGUGUUGAAAUAGACAAAGCAAGCACAGAAACAUUGAAAUCAUCCCUCAAAACCACUUACGGGAUUAACAGAAGAAGCAGACUAAUUGAUUUUCCAGCAUUUGACAUGAUAAAACAAACUCCACAGGAUGUAAUGCAUGUACUUUUUGAAGGUGUUGCACCAAUGGAAAUAAAACUUGUGUUGAAAAAACUUAUUCUGUCAGGACACAUACAAUUAGAUGAAAUUAACUCCGCUAUCAUAAACUUUCCUUACUCUCCUCUGGAUAUGCGAGAUAAGCCAUGUCCUAUUAGUGUCAACACCUUAGCUGCCAGUGACAAUAAAUUAAAACAGUCGUGUGGACAAAUGUUAAUUCUUUUAAAAAUAAUACCUUUUCUUUUUAAUGAUCAUCUGGAUAACGAAUAUGUCACAUUUAUACUCAAUUUAAUUAAGAUUGUUCAAAUUGUCCUUGCUCCUUUUAUUUCGUUACAAACUGUGUUACAUCUCAGACACAUGAUUGAGCAGCAUCUGCACCAGUUCAAAGAACUCUUUCCUGAAGCCAAUAUAAUUCCCAAGCAGCAUUAUAUGCUACAUCUACCAAGCCAGAUUAUAUCUCUUGGUCCUUUAGUAAGAACUAUGUGUAUGAGAUUUGAAGCUAAGCAUAGCUAUUUUAAGCAAUGGGCUUCCAAAUUAAAUUUCAAAAAUGUUUGUAAAUCACUUGCAAACCAUAAUCAGUUCCUUGAAUGUUGCAAUGAAAUAGGCAUUGAUCAUCCAAUUUUUGCUACUGAGAAAGAAUCAGGGCCUGUCUCUGCUGUUAAAAAUGUUGAUUAUGUUAAGAGAAAAGUCAGAGAUUUUUUGGGCAUAGAGGUCAUUCAUCAUGUUGUCUCUGUGAAGUGGUACAUCCUUAAUGGCAAUAAGUACAUCAGUGGGAAAUCUAUGAUUAUCGUAGAUGUAGAUGAUGUUUUCCCAGUGUUUGGACUGAUAAAAGACAUCUUUUUGAUAGAUUCUUCUUUCAUUGCUUUUGAGUUCCAGCGUUAUGAAACCCUAAAUCUGAGUCCAGAGUUGUUGGCAUAUGAAGUGGUGAUUCCCAAUGCUGCCCAGGCCACAGAAUUUGUUAAAGAUCUUAUAGACUGCCUCUCCUAUUUUUCAGUUAGUUUCAAAGACCGUACCUUUGUGCCAAUAAAAUAUAAUCUUUCAGAUGUUAUUGCCCACAGACAGUAA